GCAAUUCACAUUUUUUAAUUCUUUUAAAUUAAAUUUAUCCCAUUCUCUCUGAUCCGGUUCGUUCAGGGUGAAAUGGAGAUCUUCCAAAGGGCCCAUGUGGUGCGUUUGAGGAGCCACCAUGACAAAUACCUGAUUGCCGACGACGACGAAGAAACAGUUCGUCAAGAUCGGAAUGGGUGCUACAAGAACGCGAAGUGGAACGUGGAGAUCAUCGAGAAUUCCCAUUGCUUACGUUUCAAGAGCUGUUACGGAAAAUACUUAACCGCCUCCAAUUUGCCAUUCAUAUUUGGAUCUGGAGGCAAGAAAGUGCUCCAAACUCUGCCCAGAAGAUUAGAUUCCUCCCUCGAAUGGGAACCCAUCAGAGAGGGUGUUCAGGUGAGACUCAAGACCCGUUAUGGCCAAUUCCUGCGCGCCAAUGGAGGACUGCCUCCGUGGAGGAACUCCGUCACCCACGACAUCCCUUACAGAAACACCACACAGGACUGGAUUCUCUGGGACGUCGAUGUCGUAGAGAUUCGUCCACAACAAGUUCAGCAGCCUCCCAAACAGCGACCCCGUCCCAAGCCUAUCGCCACGCCACAUCGUUCCGUGAAUCCGGCCACAACCGAAUCUUCUGCUUCAGCGUCUGUUUCCGGUGGUGACAGCUUUUCCAAAAUCGAGCUCAGGUCUCCAAAAAGAAUGGAGGUGAAAGAAUUGGAGGAAUACGCGCUAUCGCCAAAGAAAGAAGGGAGGACAAUAUUUUACGAAGUGGGGGAUGAGAACGGGGAUGUUGAGCCUGGAAAGGAGAAGUUCUUCACGUUCAAGGGAAGUUCCGUGAAUGAGCUGAAGGAAAAGCUGAAGGAAGAAACAGGGCAAGAUGAUAUUCUUGUGUGUUCCCGGAAUCCUUUGAACGGGAAGCUAUAUCCCCUUCGCUUACACCUACCACCCCACAAUUCUGACAUGCAUGUCAUCAUCGUCCCUUCCACAUUCCAAGCGUAAGAGCAGUAGUCAGCCCAAGGAUGGCAGGAGGUUAAUAUCAGAAGUUCUACUAUAGGAGUCCACAGCUCAUUCAGAAGUUAAAUGUGACAUGUGCCAGAUGAAAAACUGCAAGGCAAACUAACCAGACAUUCAAAUCACAGAGCAACCAGACAAUUCAAUCAGCUCUAAAUUUAAAUUGCUUUUCAAGUUGGUGCAGGGCUAAGCCAUCUGAGAUGUAAUGCAGAGUGAUGUAUUUUAAGUAUUUAUUUUUCUUCUCAAA